AUGAAAUCAACUUCAGAUCUGCCCCCGGGGGCACAACCAGCAAGAGGCAUUCACCUUCAGUCCAACCUCAAGCCGACGACGACGACCAAACUGGUCUGUUUAUUUGUUGCCGUCCUUUUCUUCUCAGCGACGAGGAUCUGCCAUACACCGGAUCCCUCUCCUCGACCACACGAUACCCAACGAGAACCCACGAUCGAGGUCCCGCCGCCGCCGAAACCCGAAGCAAUAACCGUCAGGAGAUUACCUCUGCCACCCGUCGCUCCUAGUUCCGAUGUUGGAUCGUGCAACUCUACGAUUAACCCUAUAGGAACAGGGUGUAUCGCAAAAACAAGCGGAUUGCAAUCAGGAAACUAUCUGCCGGACGAUGUCCACGUUGUCGCCGUUGCGGACUUUGCGGGCGCACCGGCCGCCCCAGACCCCGCGAGCAUUUAUGAAGGCCGACAGUUGAUCAUCAUCAAGACGAAUAACGAAACAUUCGAGAACGGAGAUGCGUGGAAAUGCAUCACUUGCGGCGUGUCAGAAGAAAACUCGCGCGGUCGCGGCAAGAUCAUGGAUUACCCGCAAGCCUUUAUCGAUGGAAAAAGGGUCCUGACUGGUACCGACAUUGUCGAAUGUCCCGACGGACUCACCAGUGAAGCCCGUGGCCCUGAAAACGUGCGCGUUAUUCCUCUUCGAUGGGAUAAUACACUGGAUGGCUCUGGGCCUGGGGGCAGUAUGCGAGAGCUCCGCCUUCACCCCGACAAUGUGCACAUCGGCUUUAGCUCUCUAUUUGCUACGGAAAAUGGCGUUUCACAGUUUUCAUUCUUUGGAAGGAUCAGCUACAACCCGUCGCCUACCACUGGCGAGCCCCUCGCACCACGCUACGAUGUUAUCGACGUCAAUAUCUUGAACCAUGAACAGCGUUCGCGGGCUAUUACGACGGACCCAGAAGACCCGAAUCAGCUCAUCAUCAACCCUCAAUCGCUGACUGUAGGCGAACUUAGAGGAUUUAGUGGCUCGGGGAACGAGGUCACAUGGAUCGGGUACCCGGCUGAAUCGUGUAACAUCGAUGUUUUCGCUGCCGACCUCGCUGAUGGGACCGUUCGUCGGUUGACAAGCCAUCCUGACUAUGUUGAUCCAGUGGACAUCUCGCCCGACGACAAAUGGUCCGUUGUUAUGGAUACACGUGCAUCAGAGCGACAAAUGUUCCUCUCAGGCCUUAGAGGAGUUCCACCUAUCAUCGAUCUACUCGUUAUAGCCGCGGUUGCUUCUGUGCGGAACAACGGCCAACGACGCUUCUUCAAGCCGUGGCUCAUUGACCAAUACGGAGAUCGAGGAUCUUACAUCGGGCAGCAACUCAAUGCCGCUGGCAGUGGUGUUCCUGGAAGCGGAGAUAUCAACGAUCCUGAAUGGAAUGGCAGGGCGGAUCCUAAGUGGUCGAGAGACGGUACUCGCAUUGUUUACACCGAGGCUUUAACGGAAUCUCCAGCUUGUGGGGGAAAGAACCCCUUGCCCUGUUAUGGGUCGACUGAAGAUGGUGGGCGGAACGAGCGCAUCAUGGUUGCGCAGCUCACAGAUCGAGAGCCCUUCGACCUGCCCCUCGUGGAUCCCAGACCAGACGUUAUCCCAUGGGGAACGCCAUUCCCCCCUGGGUCAUCAUUCCCCGAUCGAAAAGGGGUACCGCCAGGAAACUACAGGCUGAGGGGGAAAGCAUCAGGAUGGGCCGAUGUGUCCCUCGAAGGGGACAAAGAACGCGGCUUGAUCUCAUCGGUUUCGGUAACAUACCACAACUUUUCCGACGACGGCCUGAAUGUCCUGGUUGGCUCGGAAAGCGUCUCCAGAGAUAGCCCAACACCGUUCAUGGAACAGCUCCAUUGGUUUUCCAACCUGAAGCAGACGGGGCCCAAUAACGGGACCAAGAUUACGAGUCCGGAUGGAUUCCACCUCUCUAUUGAUGUUCAGUACAACUUCUUUCAUGCGACGGGGAACUUGACAACUACAAUAAACGGCAAGGAGUAUCGUCAGCCAGCCAAUGAGACGUAG